UUAUGUCUGCGUCACAACAAGUCGCUCGGCGGAGAGAGGCAGGGGUGAGGAUGAGGAUGAUGAUGAUGAUGAAGAUGGCGUCUCUGGCGGUUUGACACAGGAGAUCUCGCAAACAGCCACCAAAAAAAGGCAUCCGGAAAAAAAAAAGAAAGGGAUCACCGUGGCGGAGGAAACUUGACACGCACGGAGCGUGGGCUUUUUCUUCUUCUUCCUCUUCCUCCCCCUCUUCAUCAUCCCCGCUGACGGAUUGAGUGACAGGGGUGUGCGUGGCGUGUGCACGCGCACUAACCGCCUUCUCCUGCGCCCUCAUCAUGCAGCCUGCGUGACCCCCUGACGGAGGGAAGGAGUUCCACUUGACAGCAGGAUGGGGGGAGUCAGCGAGGGCGACGACGUGCUGGCAAGAUGGAGUGACGGGCUCCUCUACCUGGGCAACGUGAAGAGAGUAGACGGCGUCAAGCAGUGCUGUCUGGUCAGGUUCGAGGACAACUCGGAGUUCUGGGUCCUGAGGAAAGACAUCCAUUCCUUCGCAGGCGGAGUGGACGAAGUUUGCUGUAUUUGCGAGGCUCCGCCCCUUAAAGAACCCCUUAUAAAUUGUCUGAAAUGUCGCCACGGUUAUCAUCCCGAGUGCCACACGCCCACCAUCGAGCCGGAAGCCGACAGCGAUUCCUGGAUAUGUCGCCAGUGUGUCUUUGCGGUCGCCACCAAGAGAGGCGGCGCCAUGAAGCGUGGACGCUUUGCCCGCCUCAUGCAGUUCAUGAAACUGAGGCUCCCCUACCAGCUGACGUCGCUGGACUGGGACACGCAUCAUCUGUCCAAUCAGCAGCAGUGUUACUGCUACUGUGCCGGACCCGGAGAGUGGAACCUAAAGAUGCUGCAAUGUGGAAGCUGCGGUCAGUGGUUCCACGAGGCCUGUACUCAGUGUCUGACCAAGCCUCUACUGUACGGGGACAGGUUUUAUCAAUUCCAGUGCUCAGUGUGUGCAAAGGGACCAGAGACGGUCAAAAGACUACCUAUGACCUGGGUGGAUCUGGCUCACUUGGUGCUCUACCAUCUCUCCCUGUGCUGCAAGAGAAAGUACUUUGAUUUUGACCAUGAAAUCCUGUCCUUCACCAACGAGAACUGGGACUCGUUGCUCCUGGGCGCGCUCUCUGACACACCCAGACAAGACCGCUGUCACAGCCUCCUCAACGCGCUCAACUCCCACAAGGACAGGUUCGUCUCUGGAAAGGAGAUCAAGAAGAAGAAGUGUCUUUUUGGGCUUCAGGUACGAGCCCCGCCACCGCUGACGUCGGACUCGUCGCCGCUCAUCACCGAGCCGCCAAUCAACAUAUCGCACCGCAGAAGGUCAGACCCGCUGUUGCUACCCUGCCAGAGGAGGUCGAGCGGACCAGAAUCGCGUAAAUCAAAGCGUCGCAUCAUGGAGACACAGGCUUGUCCGCCCCCAGUUUCUUCCAACCCCAUUGAGCUGCUGCCCUGUUGCCAUGGCUACGUGGAAGGGGAUGGCCUAUACACCCCUGAGAAGUCAGAGGAGGAGCUGAACCUGAGCUCUCCCCCAAAGCAGAGGUAUGCUCUCUACCACACCACUUACAACGGAAACAGUACACUUUCCAGGGAUCUCCAUCACUAUAACAGCAUGGAGGACACCUGCAGAUUACCUCCCCCCUGCUUCCUGUACCCCCUCAACUCCGAUGAUGGUCUCCACCACCAGCACCUGCACCAUCACAGCCACCAGCACCAGCCGGGACACAAGCAGCUGGAGCCCAUCUACCUUCGGGACCUGCCCCCUUACCAGGCACCUGCGGGCGGAGGUGGCGUGACCGGAGGAGGCGGGACUGGCGUCAGCGUGGGUGACGGUGGGUCAAUGGCCCGGAGCUGGGGCGGAGGGGAGGCGGUGAGGAUCUUGGCAAGACGGGUGACACCGGACGGGAAGGUGCAGUACCUUGUGGAGUGGGACAACGUGAGCUUGUGCAGAGCGUGAAGAAGACUCGCUGACUGUUUUGUAGUAUUAGAGUGGCGCCAAUGUUUGAGAAACAAACACAUUGAAAAAACCAAGAAAAAAAAAACACGCGUUGCAAAUCCAGGUUGCUCCUUUGGUCUCAUCUCAAACCCACAUUCUUAUAGCCUCACGACUCCUCAGUAAAUAUUCCUCUUGCUGUUGUUUCUCUGAUAUUUGUACUGUUGACUUUCGAAUAUGCCUUUGCAUCUGCCAUGUUUUAAAAUGAGAAGAUGCAUUUAAACCACCAGUUGGUUACUAGUGGAGAAAUGGUCUAGGGCUGCACGAUUAUUCGACAUAGAGAUUUUGAUUAGUACGAUUACAUAACUGCGAGAUGCAAAGGUUGUUUUUUUCUCCUCCGUCACCGGCAUUGGAGUGACUGACAUGUUCACCAAUCAGAAUUGUUGAGCCUCACGUUUUUUCAUGGAUAGAAACGGGUAGAAAGAUGUCUCACUCUGUGCAUCACUCUCAGCACCUUAGCGCGUUUAUUCAACAGGAGAAUUAACUGAACACAGUAAGCCCUCUUUUCACUCAUACACAAUCUUUGUCUCGAUGGGCGGAGAGCAAGACCGCCAGCUUUAUCCACACAGGAAGCACAGACAAAGAGCCUCACGACUCGCUAGUGAGAAGUUCCACAUAGUAACAAAAGUUAGAAGAAAAAAAAAAAAAGAUAACAAAACCAAAUGUUCCGUCGUGGUAAUAUUUAUAUUUCAAACUGGACGGGCAAUAUGAGCCCAUCAACACAGAAAAAUGUGAAAGAACGCCGUGAUGGCAACAAGAAAAAAGAAGACAACAUCCAACUUUGUUUUUCAAACUGGGAAAAAAAAACACUUUAAAAUGUCCAAUAUUUAUUCAAGUUAAAUUUUUGCUUGCAGAAAUGAGAGUCCAUUUUAUUUUUGUGUUUAUUUAUUUAGGAUAACAAAGUCAUUUACCUUCCAAUUAGAGUGCAAUGGUAAACAAUUCUAUAGUAAUUAGAAAUUCAAUUUUGUAUCCUUAUAAUGGUUAUCUGCAUUAUUAUUAUAUGUUACGAUUACAUUACAGAUAGGUUGAUUGGCAACACUAAAGUGGCCCUAGUGUGUGAAAGUGAGUGUGAAUGUUGUCUGUCUAUUUGUGUUGGCCCUGCGAUGAGGUGGCGACUUGUCCAGGGUGUAACCCGCCUACCCCCCGAAUGCAGCUGAGAUAGGCUCCAGCGACCCCCGCGAGCCCGAAAGGGAUAAGCGGUAGAAAAUGGAUGGAUGGAUCAUAAACACAGUACAGUUUUUAAAGGCGAUGUUUCUUGACCAUAGGGCCCCCUAGAUGGCCGCCAAAAAAUAUGUGCUUCUUCGCUGUGGUCCGUAUGGGCCGCAGUGGUAAUCAGUUGUAAUACACUUUUCCACCACUUGUAGCAGUAAUGGCAACCUCAAACAAACAGAAGAAGUCUGGCACUAAGGUCAAAAAAUAAGUUUCUUAAGCGCAAAAAAUAUGACUAAAGUGGUGAAGCUGUAUUCUAAUUUGCACCUACAUCUUAUUGACAGCUCAUUUAGGAACAUAUCAUUAAUGUUUAUUAUUUAGUUAGAUAUUAUUUAUUUUGUAAACUGUGUAAUUGUAUUCAUUUUUCAUCAGUUUUUAUGAAACCCUUCUAUAACAGUAUAUUUAUUUUUGUAAUCAGCCUGACCUAAGCCUUGAUUAUAAUCUUUGUGAUUAACACAUGCUUUCAUAUCAAUACACAAGGUUGUAAACCGUCAGAUUAUUGAACAUGAUCAAACCCAAGAGUAAGAUUACUAAUUCAGUGUAAAUAUUUGAGUGAGGCCCUGGGCCCCUUCGGUAGUGGAAAAGUUGGGCCUUGAUGUGAAAAAGGUUAAGAACCGCUUGAAAGAAGCUUGGCAUCUUUCUGCAUAAAGCCAAAUAUUUUUGGGAGUCAAUUAUUGCACAAUGUUGUAAUGUGUGGCACCUUGAUACAAAAAUAUGUUGACUGACAGUCUUCCUUCAAUUCUUAUUUUCACACUUUUAUGCAUUUAUAUGUAUAAAAUAUAAACAUCACACAUCGCAUCGCAAUUUCCGAGACAAAAAUGGCAAUUAGGUUGUUUCUCAAAAUCGUGCAGCCCUUAACUGUGCCACCUUAAACUGUCCUGGAAGCACAGCAUCAUUUCGCUUUAUUAGCCCUCGAGUCUGGCAAUACCACUGUGGACCUCAGGGGGCAAUAUUGAGUCACUGUAUUGUGACUAUUUAAACUGCUUGUACGUAUAAUCUUUUAUAAACGAUUGUGAGCAGUGGUGGUCAUAAAUGAGCGAAAUUAGUAAUUGCAGAAAUAUUAAUAAAACGGGGGUUGGGCUGAUUGAAAGCAACAAUCUUUUGAAAGAUUUAUUUCAACUCAUGACAAGUCAGCUGGAGGUUUACGUCCAUUGCAGAUGACUUUAAAUAAUAUUUGAUAUAUUUUGUCACAAAUCAUUUUACAUUCAGUCUAAUGUACGUACAAGUAUUAUUUUAGACAACAAGUAAAG